UUUCUCAAUGAAAUUCAAAAACUGAAGAGUAAAAUGAAUUUGGAAGAGGAGUCGACCAAAGGUUCCCUCACUCUCACCAAUCUUAGAGUCCCUCUAAAGGCCGACUUUCUGGUGGCGCGCGCUAAGCAAACCGUUCCAGAAAUGCACCACUUUAUCUGCAUUGUCUACAGUGGGGCCAAUGUUUUCGUCACAAAUGUAUUGAAUACCGACAAAGACCUCAAAAACGGUUUCUUAGAUUUUGAGUUUGGCGUCCGUUUGCCUGAACUGAACAGUGAUUUUUCAGUCAUUGUCCACAUCUAUGACUUGAUUACAAUGAAGACACAGAUUAAGAAGACCCCGAAGAAGACCCCGAAGAAGCACAAGUCGACAAUGAAGUCGCCGAGUGUUCGCAGUCCCGGCGGACCCAACGCUGUGCUCAGCACUAGUUUCCAAUUGAACGGCAUUUUCAAUAUAAAUAUCUCUAAUUAUUAUAAGAAAUCGUUUAAAUUAGAAAACUUUUCGUUCAAUUCUCCGCUCGAAGGCGUCAUUAAUAUGAAGACUGAACUAACGGUUGAACACAACUACUAUAAGGAGGGCCUUCUCGAUGUUUGCGACGCCUCUGGCAUCCGAUGGAACCUUCGAUGGGUUGUCCUUAAAGGCCAUCAAUUGGGGUUCUGGCGGUUCCCCGAAGACGUGGCCUCCAAAUCAGCGCUCGGCUCCAUAAACCUCGAGGAACAUUUGAUGAGCGCUGAAAAUAAGGAGGUGAGCCAAGAGUGGGCCCAACAUAUCAGCCGCGCUCUCAAUGGGAUCCGUAUUUGGAACUCAGACACAGUAAAACCCUAUCGUAUCGAAGAGUUUGAUGAACUUCUUAUUGCUUUGGAUUAA